CUUCGCAUUAAUAAUUUGGGGAUGACAGGAUUCUUGAAUAGACUGUCGUCUGGAUUAACGAGAGUUUGAAGAACUUGACAACCUCUCCAUCACAAGCUGUAGUGUAUCACAGCAGGACACUUGCCAAAAAAUGGAGACGGUGGGAGACUUUGAAUACAGCAGAAAAGAUCUCGUCGGACACGGAGCCUUUGCGGUCGUCUUCAAGGGAAGACAUAAAAAGAAGACUGAUUGGGAGGUCGCAAUCAAGAGUAUUAACAAAAAGAAUCUCUCCAAAUCCCAGAUUCUGCUUGGAAAAGAAAUUAAAAUUUUAAAGGAACUCCAGCAUGAGAACAUUGUGGCACUCUAUGAUGUCCAGGAAACGCCAAGUUCUGUAUUUCUAGUUAUGGAGUACUGCAAUGGAGGAGACCUGGCAGACUAUUUGCAAGCCAAGGGCACUCUGCGAGAGGACACACUGAGGGUCUUUCUACAGCAGAUUGCGGCAGCUAUGCGCAUCCUCAACAGCAAGGGGAUCAUUCACAGAGACCUCAAGCCUCAGAACAUCCUGCUGUCCUACACGGGACGCAAAAAGUCCAGCAUCAGCGGCAUACGCAUCAAGAUUGCUGACUUUGGUUUUGCAAGAUAUCUCCAGAGCAACAUGAUGGCGGCCACAUUAUGUGGAUCCCCAAUGUACAUGGCUCCAGAGGUGAUCAUGUCCCAGAACUAUGAUGCCAAAGCUGACCUGUGGAGCAUUGGGACUGUCAUUUACCAGUGCCUCGUGGGAAAGCCACCUUUUCAGGCUAACAGUCCCCAGGACUUGAGGAUGUUCUAUGAGAAGAACAAGACUUUGGUGCCAAACAUCCCGAGAGAGACGUCUCCUCCACUGGAAGGUCUGCUGCUGGGGCUGCUCCAGAGGAACCAGAAGGAUCGUAUGGAUUUUGACACUUUCUUCAGUCAUCCUUUCUUGGAACCGACAACAACUAUUAAAAAAUCAUGCCCUGUGCCAGUGCCAACGUGCUCUGGCAUGGUCUCAGACAGCACGUGUGGCAGCUCUCCGUCCUGUCGUUACGUGUCUCCUCCGUCCCUGCCAGACAUGCAGACUCUCCCCGAGGACGUGCUGUCCUCUCCACCUCUCGGCCCUCCCAACUACCUGCAGCUGUCCAAAGAGUCGGGCGGCAGCACCAGCAGCAAGAACUCCUCCUGUGACACGGACGACUUUGUGCUGGUGCCACAUCUCUCCGGGGAGCAGUCCUAUGACCUUCCAAUGGGGGCAGUGGGCCGCAGGCCGUCCAGUGAAUUCCUUCUGUGUGGAGGGCCACCGCAGCCAUCCACAGGACAGACCCCAAUGGUGUCACCACGAAGCGAGACCACGCCAAUACCUGUGCCCACACAGGUACGAAACUACCAGCGGAUCAAACAGAACCUCUCCAGCAGCCCAACCACAACACUCUAUGGCUCUCCCAGGUCAGGCACAGUGCGGCGCUCCAACACAAGCCCCAUGGGCUUCCCUAAAAUGGUGUCUGGGUCACCAAGCCCUGCAGAUACGGUCCAAACUGUUGGGCGACGUCUCUCUACGGGCAGUUCCCGGCCCUACUCUCCCUCUCCACUGGUGGGCACUAUUCCUGAGCAGCUUGGCCACUGCUGCUGCGGACACCCCCAGAGCCACGAGGCCCGCAGUCGCAGCUCCUCAGGCGGUUCCCCUGUGCCAUCCUCUCUGUUACUGGGCACCCGUCUUCAGAGUGCGCCCACGCUGACUGACAUCUACCAGAACAAGCAGAAGCUACACAAGCAGAUGUCUGACCCAGUGCACCCCACUUCAUCCGCCUACCCCACCAGCCACUCCCCUCAGCUCGGGCGUCCCGGCAACCUAGGCACCUCCCCAACCAAGCACCUUGGCUCCUCCCCUCGCACCUCUGACUGGCUAACAAAGUCGCCACUGCCCACCAUCAUCGGUUCGCCCACUAAGGUGAGCGCUCCAUUCAAAAUCCCUAAAACUCAAGCCUCGUGCAACCUCCUGGCCCUGGCCUCGCAGCAGGGUAUAGCCGACAGCCCCACCCCAAUCAGGAUGCUGAUGGAUGGGCGUGACCUCUGUGCACAUCACUGCUCGGCGUAUCCCAGCAGCCAACAGCCUGCUCCAGAGGCCAGCAAGACUUCCUUUGGCAGGUCUGUAAGUGCUGGCAGACUGUCUGAGCAGCCGGUACGGAUCACUUUGGGAGGACAGCCGUACAAGGGCAGCACAGACAGCCUGAACACAGAGAGGCCAAUGGACACAGCCCCGGCAGGGAUUUGCGGUUUGGCACCGGGCGGGGCGAGUCCCCGCAACGUUGUGUUCACGGUGGGCUCGCCCCCAAACAGCAGCACCCCUCCCACCUGCAGCCAUCUCGCCUCCCGCCCGCGCACCACCUCAGUAGGUUCCAACAGCUCUGCCGGCUCGCUGUGCUCCACCAGCGGUAAGGUCUACAUGGGUUCUCCCCCAGGCAUGACCAUCGGCAGCUCGUCGCCAGGAGUGGACGCGGCUCCCAGCAGCCUGCGCUACGUCCCUUACGGCACCUCCCCGCCCAGCUUGGAUGGAUUCAUCACCUUUGAAGCGCCAGAACUGCCGGAGGAGACGCUGAUGGAGCGUGAGCACACAGACACCCUGAUGCACCUGCGGAUGAUGCUGUCCUUUACGGAUUGUGUGCUGGAGAUCGCUUCUCUACGGGCCGGAGGACCUGACCUGGGUGCGUCCGCCGCCUCUCUCUAUCCUCCUCAGGACAGCGUGGUGGUGGACCAGAUCAGUCAGCUCAGUAAGGAGUGGGGGCAGGUGGAGCAGCUGGUGUUGUAUAUGAAAGCCGCACAGCUGCUGGCCUCCUCGCUGCACCUGGCCAAAGCUCAGAUCAAGUCCGCCAAGCUCAAUCCUUCCUCGGCCGUCAAACAAGUGGUCAAGAGUCUGAACGAGCGCUACAAGAGCUGCAUUUCCCUGUGCCGCCGCCUCACGGACAAACUCAACCACUUCUUCUCUGACAAGCAGCGAUUUGUGGACGAGAUCAACAGCGUUACAGCUGAGAAGCUCAUUUAUAACCAUGCUGUAGAGUUGGUGCAGUCGGCCGCACUAGACGAGAUGUUUCAGCAGACAGAGGACAUCGCAUAUCGCUACAACAAGGCAUCCAUGCUGCUGGAAGGCCUGUCCAAGAUCCUCCAGGACCCAGCUGAUGUAGAGAACGUCAUCAAAUACAAGGCAAGUGUGGACCGGAGGAUCUCAGCUUUGUGUUACUGCACCGUUACCCUGUACGAAUAAAGACUUUCACUCCAGGGACCAUCAUCUUCUCAAACUACAAAGAAGACUAAACAAAUCCCUUGUUUUUGUUUUGUAGCAGUCAAAGCACUUUCAGUUCCUUUUGAUUCCUUUCAAUCACAAGCAACAGACCAAGUAUUACGUUUUUUUGCAGAUGACAUUUUGAGAAGGAUGUUCACAAGUUCACUACCAAAGAUGAAAACUAAACAGAGACUUUAUAGUAUGAAAAAAGACGUUCAUCUUCUGUUUUUACGACAUCAUUUCUCUUUUUUACAUAAACUGAAAGGAUUUUGGACUGGGAAUCUUUAAAGGCCCAUCCAUGAACGUCGAUGCAAAUCAGUUCUUUCUAUUGUUUUUUACUGCACUCUAUUGCUCUGAUUAUUUAUUGGUUUUAGUGUUAUUGAUGAUAGUGUUGAAAGACGACAUGGGGCGGAUGUGCAGCCCAGUGUUGGACUGUAAUUACUGGUACCACACAUACACAGUCAAGUGGUUGAACUUAAGAGGAAUCUGUAGUAUUUACAAAAUCAGUUUUGAAGCAAAUGCACUUUAUUGAGGCAGAUGUGGAAGACGCUUGUCCUCGAACAUCUGGGAGAAUGGAGAUGACGAUCCUUCCAUCUGUCUCCGAGAUCAGCGUGUGGCUCCAGGUCCUUCUCAUUUCCAUAUCUAUAAUCCUCUGAAAUCGAGUGUCUGGAAGGCCCGUGAGCAUCAGGUCGGACAUUGGCGUCUCAUAACAGCCUCAUGGUGAAUCAGACAUAAUGGUCAAAAUACUUGAGUCGUUACUUACCUUUUGAUUCAGCCGUACUGAAACGUUUUUAUGUUCAUAUUAAUACUGUAGCUUUUUUUAACUGACGUGCGUGAGCUGUAAAUACUUGUACAUUCUACAUGUGUGUUUUUAUUUUGGAGUGAAUGCGAGCGAGCACAGCUUGAUUGAAGAAGGUAGAUGCUGCCGUCGCCAUCCCUGCCUCUCAAAUGAAGAGCACAAGAUUUCCUUGUUUUUAGGUUUUUUAUUUUGUUGUAGGAGUAAUAGGACAACUUCCACAGGUUCUUCGAGGCCUUGCGUAAGACUCGAGACCUCACUUUGCAUGGCAGCUCUUGACUAACGCCCAUGAAUAUCUUGUGUACGACAAUACAUUGACUGUGCGGGACGUGGAUGUUGCAGGUAAAUGGGAGAGAGUGCGGCCCACUGCCAGGCUCUGCUUUUCCCCAUUCAUCCACUGAGCUCAGGACAGUGUUUGUGUAACUGCUCUUCCCAGAUGCAGUGGCCAGUUUCAGGAUACUGAAGAACUGAGAGCAUGACUUCGGGUAGUCUACUUUCCCUUGUACAUGUUUUGAACAUCUCGCUCCCUCUCUCCUGCACUCUGCCUGUGUUUUUAUUUUCAAUAACGGCCCCCUGUGAGCCUACAAAGCCUUUUACUGUACAGAAAGAGAAGGCUGAUGUCCUUUCUGCCACUUUGUUAUACAAAAUCCAUGCAUAUCUGUAGUUGUAGGACUUCCUUAUCCAGGUGUGAGCAGAACUGUGUACAGAUGAUCCAAUUAGAGAAGACUAGUACAGAGCACAUGUACCUGUGGAACAUUAGAAUGUACUUGCCCUUCCAUUUGCAACUUUCCCUUUCCGAAUAAACCAGCCUAUCACAGCCCAACACGACAUGAUCACGGGCGAUGCAGCCUGAAGGUUCAUAAUCCCUUGACUUUCAGUGACAAAAUGUUUUAAUCAAUGUGUGUUUUACCAAGGGCAUCUAUGUUGUCUGAAACUGUAGAAAUACAGCUUUUAUUAAACAGAUCAAUUGUAUCCUGUUA